AGGGCUCAUAGAUGAUGGUGAAGAUACAUUUUAUAUAACACCCGAGUCGGGAAAAAGAGAAACUGGGGCCCACAAAGUGGUCUGGACGAGGCAAGACGAAGCCACUCGAAUUCGUAAUAACUGCGGGAACAAAGCAACUCACGCGGAUUCCCAUUAUUCAGAUGAAAAGUCAAGGCCAUUUUCUAGGGUAAGAAGAAGCGUUUUGGGUGACAUUGAUGAAUUCUACAAACCAUUUCUGACAACAAGCAAGACACGAUACAAUGAAGUGCUUAUGGUUGUUGAUUUUGGAAUGUACCUGAAAUACAAUAAUGACACCGAUGUCAUUAAAGAUCGCGUUAUAACACUGGCAAAUGCUGUUGAUGCCAUUUAUCAGCGGAUAAAUAUCAGGGUCGUGGUAAAGGGGCUGGAAAUUUGGACGAAUGGCGAAGCUUUUGAACGUCAAAAGACAGGAGGAGCCGACCUUAGUCGCUUUAACACGUAUCGAAAAGAAAUAUUGGAAAAAACAAUUCCUCAUGACAACGCCCAAUUAUUGAGCGACUGGAGCUGGUCUGACUGUGCUGGCAUGGCAUUCGUGAUGGCGAUGUGUGGCUCUGUUUCAAGUGGUGUUAAUAACUGGGACUAUGGAAGUAUCAUUGGCCCUUACGUGACUGUUGCUCAUGAAAUGGGUCACAACUUUGGAUUCAGCCAUGACACAGGAAGCUGUAAGUGUUUGACCCCAAGAGGUUGCAUCAUGGGCGGUCACAAGACCAGAGUUGCAGGAUUUUCUAACUGCAGUUUGACUCAGCUUCAAAAACUGAAUGACUGGUGCUUAUAUAACGUGCCAUCGUACAAGUCUGCUAACGGUUAUUGUGGAAAUGGAAUUCGCGAAGAAGGAGAAGAAUGUGACUGUGGCACUCCGGAGAUGUGUGAAUUAAAAGAUCCCUGUUGUCAACCCUACAAGUGCGUUCUCAAAAGGGAAUCACAGUGCAGUGACCUACAUCAUUCAUGCUGCGAAAACUGUCUGUUUAAGAAACAAGGAUCGUUGUGCCGUGAAGUCGAAACAGAUUGUGAUGUUCCAGAAUACUGCACUGGUGAUUAUGGCGAUUGUCCAGGAGAUACAUACAUAAUUGAUGGAUACCCCUGCAGUCAGACCAAAACAGUUAUACUUGGAAACACUAACCAUUAUAGUGUGGAAAUUAGACCUCUCUCUCCAAGAGUCUAUGCUCGAUAUCUUCGUAUUAAUCCUCAGUACUGGAAAGACUGGCCUUGCCUAAGAACCGAGUUUCUGGGAUGUUCAACAGAUGAAGGACGAUCUUUGAAGCAUCUAAAGAGUAACAAAUGUAUCCAUACUUAUGGAGCUUGGCCCGGCGUCGACAGACAUAUGGUAUUGUGGUCAGGAUGCGACGAAAAACGGCUAGAAAUAUGGUUUGCAAAGCAAGAAUGUAUAAACACUCUUGGAAUGCAGAGCGGUGAUAUCAAAGACAGCCAAAUUACUGCGUCUUCAUACAGACCAGCAGAUCUCCCACAUUAUGGCAGGCUGCAUAACGGAAAGUACUGGUGUGCCAAAGAGAAGAAAAGAGACGAGUACAUACAGAUUGAUCUUGGACAGCUACGAACGGUGAACAAAAUCUUGAUACAGGGACGUGGAAACUGGUACGACUGGGUGACUGGCUUCUUCUUGUACUACAGUGAUGAUGGUCAGCGGUGGACGGGUUAUUCAGAGAGUGGAGACAAACAACACUCCAAUUCGCAUUGCUAUCAAGGAAAAUGCAGCGAAAUUCACGAAACUCAGUGCAAGGAUUUGUGGGGAGCCACCGCCAAAAAUGCCGACGAAAGAUGUUAUAACAUGCUGAACACUAAAGCGGAUGGAUAUGGCACAUGUGAUCCACUCAGAAAUGUAUCAUGCGCUGCGAGAAACGUGUUAUGCGGUCAACUGCAAUGUGAAGACAGUAGAGAUAAACCUGUUGUGGACUACGGAUGGACUUACACUAAGAUCAGUAUGGAUAACGGAAAACAAUGCAGUGCUGCAACCUUGAAGUCCAUAGAUGACAUUGGUGAGGGAAUGGUCAGAGAAGGGACAAAAUGUGGAGAUGAUAAGAUGUGUGUAGAUAACCAGUGUCAGACGUUUGAUUCCCUCAACGUCGGAAAGUGUCCAGUGAUGAACAACAAGGAGUGCGGAGGAAGAGGGGUUUGCACAAACAAAAAGGUGUGUCAUUGUGAGGGAGCAUUUGAUUCGAAGGACGGUUGUGCAUCAGCUCUAGUGCCUCGAGAUGGAGCGUGGGGUGAUUGGUCCUCAUGGACUGUUUGUGACAAGCUCUGUGAUGGUGGAAAGAGAAAAAGACAUCGCUUCUGUGACAAUCCAUUUCCUCUACAUGGAGGGGCUGACUGCUCUGAAAAACGACACGAGACAGAGGAUUGCAAUACCCAGAGUUGUCCAAAGGUGAUAUCAUGCCGUCACCUACAACAAGUUGGCGAAGAAACGAAUCACAACUAUCCUGAUGCCGUCUACAAGAUUUACCCCACAGGUUCCCAGCCAAUCAUGGCAUACUGUGAUAUGUCGCGUGACGGUGGAGGAUGGACACUAUUGGUUACCAGUCAUACUAACAGCUGGAUGGCACAGAAUGUAAAAUUACGAAACGCGAACUCUCCAAAGUUGACUGAUGAUUACUCCAUCCUGCAGUAUGCAGACAGUAUUAAAGAUAAUAUCAAAGUAGCUGGCUCUACGUUUGAAUAUCGAUUAGAAGCUCAGAGCCGAGGUCGCUGGGGAGGUAUCUGGAAGGCGCCCAGAGUUUUUACGUUCACAGCUGACAACAACAAACAAACGGAUAUUGAGCUAGUCAAGAAGUUUGACAAUUGGGAAUAUUCAGACUAUGGGAUUGAACAAAGAAUGCCGUGGAUUUCUGAUGCCAAGUUAACUACAUCCCAGGAUGCUCAGCGACAUUGGUGGGGGACAAUAACAUCGGACGAUAUGGAAUACUACCCCGCUCCAUGGAUCAACGGUCACCUGCAGGAGCGUCGGCCAUCAUAUAUCUGGUACUGGAUGAGAGAGGGACCUCAUGAAACUCCUAGCUCAUGUAAAGAAGUAUACUUCAGAGGGCUCCUGACAAACCCCGUGUCAAUUGGAUUUUUCGCGAUCAAACCUCCUGGACAGCAUGAAGUUAAAACGUAUUGCGACUUUACGACUGAGGGAGGGCCCUGGACGCUACUCGUGACGAGUAAGACCCACAGCGGGUGGGACAAAGACAGCAUCAAAGAAAGAAACUCAAACAAGCCUUCUUUACAAGAUGACUAUUCCAUACUGGGGCUUGCAGACGCCAUAAAGGACUUUGACAAAGCUCAGGAAUUCUUUCAAUACCGAAUUGAGGCAGACGGUAACAACCGCUGGGGAGGGAUCUGGGAAGCACCACGUGACUAUACAUUCCUAUCCACGAGCGACAAACAAACCAAAGUAAAAAUCGUAAAGAAAUUCGACUCGUGGGAUGAGAACAGCAACUUGGGAAAGCGCAUGCCCAGACUGGGAUUAUCUAACGAUCUUUUAUUAAGCAGUGCAGCAACUGUGAAUAACUUAUCAGGGUCUUUGGCAUAUAACAGUGGCGCUAGCUCUGCCUCGUAUCUGGAGCCAGAGAAGCCAAAACCGAAUGUUGUUCGAUACUGGAUGAGAGAGGGUGCUAGGUGA